CAAAAUCCAAAGCUGCAGUUGUUCCGUCUCGAGUGCUCGGGGAUGCAUGGAGAUUUUGAUUAGCUUGAGUAAAACUUAAAGAUGAAUUGCUCUGAAUUUAAUUUCCAUGGUCCGAUGUCGUCGAUGCUGAACGGCUCGUUCGUCGGUGCGGAGAGCAGUGAUUUGUUUCCUCACCAGAACAGUGAACUGGAGAGAACGUUAUUACUGACAAUCCAGGAGCCAACCACUAUCUCCCUGACCGUAAUGUACUCAUUGUCAUUUUUGGUGGGCUUCAUGGGGAACCUCACGGCGAUUCGGAUGCUCACCAGCCAGAGAAACAGGAGGGUACAGAGCGUCAGUGCUACCAAGAGUUUACUGAUCAACCUGGCUGUCUGUGACCUGAUGGUAGUCUGCAUCUGCAUGCCCAUCACCCUGGGCCAUACCAUCUACACGGCCUGGGUGUAUGGCGAUCUGCUCUGCAGGGCGGUGCCCUUUAUCCAGGCAGUGUCUGUAUCAGCCAGCGUACUCAGCCUAACGGUCAUCAGUGUGAACAGGUACUACAGUGUACACAGCCCACUGAAUGCCCGCUCCUACUUCACCCAAAGAAAGAUCUGCGUUACCAUCGGCGUUGUGUGGAUUCUCAGCUCCAGUAUCUGUUCCCCACUUCUUUUCAUGAUCAAGUUGGAUGAAAUCUGUUUAAUUAACAUUGCAGUUCCUAUCUGCAGAGAGCUGUGGCCACAGAUGAGGCUCAAGCAGGUUUAUAAUGUUCUCCUCUUCAUCAUGCUGUACUGCAUACCUGUGACUUUUAACCUGACCAUCAGUUUCCUUACGGGACGGAAGCUCUGGAGGGCAUCACAGCAUUUCAAUGACUUUGACCCUCACUCGCAGGUGAUGUAUGCUUCGUGUUUGAAGACACGUAAGAAGAUUGCAAAAGUGGUGGUCACCCUGGUCCUGCUGUUCGCAAUCUCCUGGCUGCCCCUGUAUGUGACUGAUAUUUUAAUUGACCACGAGACACAUCCUCCACACUGGAUCCUACAGACCCGACCAUUCGCCCAGUGGUUGGGUCUCACCAACUCUAGCCUCAACCCCAUCUGCUACUGUUUCCUGGGUGAUCUGCACCGCUCUGCCAAGAUAAUCAAAUCCAAGUACCAUCAGCGGAUGCUGUCUCUCCUCAGCACUUCAAGCUCCACCAAGGUACCAAGACUGCUCCUUUUUAAGCGGCAGACAUCCAGCCAGAGGCAGGAGACUGGAGCUCAGGUGUCUGAGGAAACACUGUCAGAUUGGUGUUCUCACACAAGUGUAGGGGACUUUAACCAGAUGCUGUCCCUACAAAGCCUUUCUGAGAGGAUAGAGUCUCGAAGCAUACCUGAUCUCAACAACCUGUCUAUAGAGAACUUCUCACAACCUGUGGUAUAACACGGCUGAAGGUUCCUCUUCGACUUUGAAUUAAGCCCCUGAUGCUGGAUUUGUGAGGAGGUUUUGAUGUUAGCAUGAUUAACUAAAAGCGUUACCUGUAAUUACUUUGCUCCCGUCUCACACUUUAAUUGUUAAAAAAUGGAAAACUGUCAUUGUGCAUUGAACAUGAAUUAUGAUUUGGCGACAUGUAAUUUAAACUCAUCAUCUUCUCAUGCCACUACAGACACAACUGUGCAUAAAUGACUAAUUAAUUUUAGUCAAAAGAGAGCAAGCUAAGACUACAAUAUUUAACAAUAUCUUAAACGCUACAAUAGGGUUCCAGUCAGUGUAAGCUAACCCAUUAGUUGUAAACAGAA